UCCUCUCCUCCAGCGCGCGACGACGAGCUCCUCCGGCCGGCUCGCGCGCGCCAGCUGAUCGAUCAAUCUUCCACCGCGCGCUCUAUUUUCAUCCGAUUCGGCCGCGUCGUUCUCGGCGAUCGUGCCGUCAUCCCAUGGUGACAGCGGUGGUGGAGUCGCCGCUGCGGCACCAGAGACAGAGGCUCCGGUCGCCGCUCGCCGGGAGCGGCGGCGGCGGCGACUUCGAGUUCCGGCACCGGCGCGCCGUGAAGCGCGUCUCCGGGAUGCGGCGGCGGUGGGCGCCGCCGGAGAUCGAGAUCCCCAACGGCCACGGGCUGGGCGGCGGCGGACGCGGGUCGUACACGAGCCUGCGGGACAUCAUGUCGUCGCCCGAGUACGGCAAGGACAGCUCCCCCGACGAGCCCGGCGGGAGCUGCGGGGACGUGCACAUGAUCCGGCACCCGCUGGUGAAGCACGCGGCGUACGCGUACCUCCAGCUGACGCCGUCGGCGCUGGAGGAGAAGGAGCGGGCCCGGCUGCGGCGGAGGCGCGGCCCGCUCUGCCGCCUCCUCGCCGGCUGCCUCGGCUUCCUCGGGGCGCUCUUCCGGCGGUGACGGCGCGCCGCCGCCGAGAACCUGACAGUUUUGAGCUUUGCAUUUGUUCCUCUGUUUUGUUGUUUUUUUUUUGGUUCCCCUGCCUUCUUCUCUGUUGCUUUCUUGCUCCUUUCCGGUGUACUUAGGACAGAAGAAGAAGAUUUGACUGUUCCAGUUUUUGCUGGGGAUGUAGUUUCUUUUUAUUUUCCUCUUUUGUAAAUAGUUCGGUAGGGAUUAGAAACAACAGAAGAAACAGAUGAUACCAAGAAUCAUGUACAGGGCGCAACAGAGGUGGAGAGAAGGAAAAUCAGGUUGCCUUGAUCACCACAGCAUGCCGGCCUGUUCGCGCUCUGUUGCCUGAGUCCGCCAUGUGCUCUGUUCAAAGACGUUCUCUUUUUAGCC